UCGGAAGCCGCGAAAUCGCUUUACAAAAUACAAUUAUAAAUUGAAAUAAUUAAGUAAUUAUAAUUUAACUCCAUAAGUUCAAAUAACACAAUGAACUAUGAAUCUAUAUUACAAACAAUAGACUUAAAUCGAAUAUCUAAAAUUACUUCACUUCAGGUUGAUCAUGUUACUUGUAUUGAGUGUUGCAAAUAUUAUAUAGUACCGACUACAGCUAAAUGUGGGCAUACAUUAUGUCAUACAUGCUGGCAUGGAAGACAAACUUGUCCUGCAUGUGGGUCUAAGAUUGACCGCAAAACUUUAAGACUCAACUUAGUUCUGCAAAAUCUGACGGAACAUGUACAUCACCUAGCUGAUGCAUUCCAAAAUCUUUUUAAUAUUAAAUUGGAUGACUUUUUUCUUAGUCCUGGAGGUGAUUUACUUAGUGUGAAAGAUCCCAACAAAAAUGUCCAAGAUUGGUUAGCCAGCUCCCAGAAUCAUUUCUCAGCUCCAGUAAGUUCACAAAACUCUAUACAAGAAAUGAAUGUGGCCCAAAAAGUAAUUGUCAGUGAUAUUCAAGUUCAUACAGAGACUAAGAAAAACCCCAGGCCAAUCAAUGCAAUAUUUGUGCCAAUGGAACAGAAGGAUUGGGAUAAAAUUGAAGAAUUGCCUGAUUCUGAGGAUGUGUUAAAUAAAGACAAAGAGAACAUUAUAGGUCCCAUGGAUAUAGAAACCUAUAAUUUUAUGCCAAAUGAUGACAAUACAGCAUAUUCUACACAUAAUCCAAGAAGAAGUUCCCGGAAAAAAGAUUCAAAGGAAUCUGAUAGUGUAAAAACCUUGAAAUUGACCAAGCUUAACAAAAAUAAUAAAGAUUGGAAAAAUGUGAGAAAAAUGAAAAAAGAAUUUAGUAAGCUGAAUACUAAAAACAAAAACAAAUUAAAUGUUUCAAUUGAAAUGUGCAAAAAGGUCAAAAGCUGUAAUGAUCUUAUGAAUAAAAUAACACCUCAAUAUAAUAAAAAAAAUAUUUAUAAUAACAAUGAUGAUGAUUCAGGUAAUGAUACAAUUGAAAAUGAUAAAAAAAUUGAGAAAAGCUGUAGCCCCAUGCAGUUAGAUGAUAAAAUAGAUAUCAAUGCAGGACAUAUCAAUAAGAAUUCUUCUACAGAACUUAUCAAAACUGUAGAAAAAAAUGCAAGUGAACAUGAAAACUAUAAAUUUUGUGAUGUUGAUAAAAAUUGUGCAGAGCAUUUAACAUCAUCUCAAACUGAAAAGGAAAAACCCAAAAAGCCUAAUGUAUGUUUUUUCAAAAAGAAUGUUUUGAUUGGUAAAAAUACUAUUCCUAUAAAUGAAACAGAGAAUGCGAAAAUGGAAACAUUUGAUACUGAUGAUAUAGAGAUUACAAUAAAAAUAGGAAGUACAUUAACAAAUAUAUGCAUAAAAAAGAAAGAUAAUGAUGUACAGUUAAAAAUUAAUUCAGACAGAGAAAUACAAACAGCUUUAGAUAAACAAAAUAGCAAGAUCUGUGGCUCUACUUCACCUAUCAAAGACAUAUCUGAUAAAAAUACUACACAACAAGAUAAAUAUGCACAAGCUGAUUCUUUAAAUCCGAAUAGUAAUGAGGGAGACACAUCUAUAUCCCAAAAGUUAUCUACAAAAACUAAAAAAAAUACAGCAUCAGCAGAUACUGCUUCUGCUAACAUGGAAAUCACUGAGAGUAUUGAAAGAGAACUGUCAACAGUUAUGGAAAAUGUACAAGCAGAAAAUAGAUCAUCCAUAGUAUCAAAAGCUAAUACUUUAGUUAAAGACCUUAAGAAUAAGGAUAUUGUACCUAAUGAUGAUGAAUUGAAUGAUUUAGAUAUGUUUGAUAGUGAAUCUGUCAAGGAAGGUAAUGUGCAAUCCCUUAAGGCAUUGGGUCAUGUGCCAUCUACAAUUCUUACAAGUAAUUUGAAUAAAUUAAGAACACAAAAAAUUGUUAAGAGAGAUAGGGAUGCGAGUGAUAUUGAACAACCUUGCAGCAAAAAAACUAAAACAAAAGAUACACAAUCAACUGAAAGAAAACUUGCUACUCAAAAAUCACACAAUGACAGUGAACUUGGGAAUUACGAUGAAAUUAUGAGUCAAGUAUUUGCCAAUAUUGAUGCAGAUAUGAAAAAUUUACACAAAAGCAAAGAUAGUGUCAAUGUAUCAAAUACACUCCAAAAUAUUUUGCAGGCCACAAUUAAUAGGCGUAUAUUGCAGUCUCAGAACAAAAAUACUGAUAAAAUGCAAGGUAAUAUAGUUACGGAAAAAUAUAGUGAAAGUAUAUUUACUCUUAUGGAAAAGGAUAAUGAAGAUUUAGAUUUAAAACAACCUACUCAAUCUAAAAAUGAUACAAUUAUUAAUAAGAGAACAAAUGAUGCAAAAAAAUUGUUAGAGGAGGAUAUGGAAAUUAUAGAAUUAAGCACACCACAACAUAAUGAUGAUGAUUCUGGUGAAAGUGUUGUUGAUGAAACACCACAGAAAAAUAAUUCAUUUGCGAAAAACAAACACACUGAUCUUAUUCUAAACAAAGACAAAGUAUUAAAAUUGAAUCAAUGUGGUAAAUCUGGUACCUUGAAGAAUGACAAAAAGUUUGAUGAAUCUCAGGGAGUUAUUGACAUAACAAGUUUUUCAGGCACAGUGGGAGAUUCAACAAAGAACAGUAGAAAUAUUACUGUGGUUGAACAGCCCAAAGUGGGGAUAAACUUCACACCCAUAUCUAUUAAUAAAUUUGUUGAUCAUAUAAAGCACAAUUCCACGCCAGUGUCUCGAAAAUCACUUAACUUCAAUGAUAGUAUUGAUAUUGAUUUAGAGAAAACUGUAUGCCCAAGUAACUUUGUCGCAGCAAAAAAUACGCAAGAAAAAGAAAUUAUGUGUGAAGCUUUUGAACAAAAUGUUAUGCCAUCGCCAAAUAAUAGGAAAAAUCUAAAAUAUUAUGUAGCUGGAUCUUGCUUGAGUUUAUCAGAAAAAGCAAAUGUGAAACAAUUGUGUGCUCAAAGGAAUUGGGUGUUUGUGGAAAAAUAUACAAAGGAAUUAACACAUCUUAUUGUUAGUGUGGAUGAAGAAAAAAAGGCGCAACGAUCUGCCAAAUUCAUGUGUGCAUUAGCUGCAUCUAAAUGGAUUGUAGCUUACGAAUGGGUAGAGAAAUGUCUGAAAACAAACCAGGUUGUUGAUGAGGAACCCUACGAAGCGUUAGAUGUUACAGGAGAGCCGGGCCCGAAGCGUUCACGACUUGCGAAGCAAAAACUUUUUAACGGCAUCAAGUUCUUUUGUAUGCCGCCCUUUGGGGUUCUUGAUGUAGACACACUCAAGGAGAUUUUGGAGGCGGCAGGCGGUACAGUCGUGAACCAAGCGAAGGCGGUGGAAGUGACGCAAUCACCCGCACUGCUAUUGGCCGAGCCGGAGUCCACGCAGGAAGAUCGAUUUAUUUAUCUCGCAAUGGAACUGUGUAUCGUGCCAGUGAAUUACGAAUGGGUGCUAAAUUGCCUCGGAAGCUACACUCUAUGCUCCAUCCACGAAUUGUUAUUGUGUCCCUCGUCCCUUCUGCCGCCCGCUACAUCUAAAUGGCCUGCAGCAUUGAUGACCCGAGAAAAUGAUUCGCUGAUUGAAUAAUAAGGGAUUAUAGUUGUAUACAAAUAUAAUAUAAUAAUAAAUAUAUAUUUUAUUAAUU